AUGUCCACCAGCAGUUGCAGCUUUGCAGACAGGUGCGUGUCCAUCCUGUGCUGCAGGUUUUGUCAACAAGUACUAAGUUCACGGGGCAUGAAGGCUGUGCUCUUGGCUGAUACAGAAACAGAUCUCUACUCCACAGACAUUCCUCCUACCAGUACUGUUGACUUCAUUGGAAACUGCUAUUUCACAGACAUUUGCAAAUGUAAACUGAAGAAUAUUGCCUGUUUGAAAUGUGGGAAUGUUGUAGGCUACCAUGUGAUUGCUCCAUGCAAACCUUGCCUGCUCUCCUGCAACAAUGGGCACUUCUGGAUGUUUCACAGCCAAGCCGUUUUCGGAAUCAACAGGCUUGACUCCUCUGGUACAAAAUUCCUGCUUUGGGGCAACCUGCCAGAUUCAGAGGAGAGUACGGAUGAAGAUAUAUCAGACAUAUCUGAAGAUGAGUACAUCAGAUAA